UGUAUUUGUAGUCAACGCGGUGGAAAUAUUCUAAUAGAUGAAGGUCAUUUGCUGACAAAACACCGAAGUAACAAAGGAAGCAUUGCAUGGCGGUGUAAAAGACAUCGUGAUGGUUGUACAGCGAGAGUUUUUACGACAAACGAUACGCCUACGGGGAAAUGACAUUGAUUACAUAUUUCUUUUAUCUGUUCUUUUAUCAAGGUUAGUUCUAAUGAAACAAAUUCGCUUUCCAGGGGCCAUAUUGAAAAGAUCUGGUGCUCAUAAUCAUGCUCCUAAUCGGGCGGAAGUUGAUGCUAAAUUAGUAAUGGAAGAAGGGAAGAGGAUGGUCAAAAUGGAAUCGGUACCGAUUUCUAAUGUUGUUGCACACAUUAUCGGAAAAGUUGAUAAGUCAACUGCGGCACGUCUUCCUGAUCCAGAUAGCAUGAAAUGAACGCUACGCUCUUACCGGGCAAUUAAUAAUCCUAUACCACCCAAUCCUAAAUCAGCCAAUGAAUUGACAAUUUCCGAUGAAUUUGCUUAUACAUUAAAAGGUGACAAGUUUCAGUUUUGGGACUCACGAGAUGAUGGAAAAUCAAAAUGAACUUUAGUGUUUACCACUAAAUUUAAUUUGGAUGUUUUAUCGUCAUGUGAUUUAUGGUUUGCUGAUGGUACAUUUGAUUGUGUGCUUCAUCUUUUUCAGCAACUAUAUAUCAUUCAUGGCGUACGCGAUGACCUUCAGCCUGUAUCUCUUGUAUUUAUUUUGAGUACUGGUAAGAGCAAGAAAGUAUAUAGAAAUGUUUUGAAGCGACUUAAACGAAGCCAACCCGGUUUGCAUCCUAAAAAAAUUAUGUGUGAUUUUGAAGUAGCAUUUCACCACGCAGUGAGAGAUGUGUUUCCUGAAACGAUUAUCAAGUGCUGUUUCUUUCAUUUCGCACAGUCUGUGUGGUCUCAUAUUCAAAAAGCAGGGUUACAGCAACAAUAUGCAGAUGACGGUAUGUUUGCAUUACAUUUACGCAAAUUAAUCUCGAUGGCAUUUGUUCCACUUGAAGAUAUCCCUGUGGCUUACAAUACUUUAAUGAAUUCGGAAUUUUAUGACAUAAACAAAGAAUUAUUGAAUCCACUCUUGGAUUAUUAUGAGGGAACUUGGAUGGGUGAAGUUAAUCGUCGUGGUGUUCGUAGGCUGCAUCGUUUUGAUUACUUAUUAUGGAAUCAUUACGAUUCCGUAAAAAACUUUGAACCACGCACAAAUAAUGCUUGUGAGGGGUGGCACAAUGCUUUUUCAGUUCGUGCACAAGCCAGUCAUGUCUCCAUCUGGAAACUUAUAAACUUAUUAAAAGCAGAACAGGGUACAACAGAGUUAAAAAUUCAUCAGCAAGAGGCCGGCCGCGAAUGUCCUAAAAAAAAAGAGGAAGUAUGUGGAUUAUGAAGCUCGAUUGGAGAGAGUAGUAAUGAAGUACGACAAAGAGCUAGUUGUAGAGUUUUUGGAACAUGUUGCUCAAAACGUUUGUUUUUGAAAACACGUUAUAAAUUUUGCCUAUAUGUAUAUUUGUA